AUGGAUAUUUUCGUUGAUGAAUGGUCGCUAACUUUUGAGCCGGCAUCGGAUCAAAAUUGUGGUUCGUAUCUUGUGAGUAAAGUAUUUGAGAACGUGGAUAUAAAUAUUGAUAACGAUGGCAGGAAGGUGUACUUCUGUGCUAAGAGCGAUGGUGUGUGGCACCAUCAAGGAGAGGGUAUAUAUUUGGAUGCAAAUGACGUCAUCCCGCCAGCCGACACAGAAAUACCCGAAGAAAACGAAGAGCUGAUAGAUGAUUACUUCAACAGCAUCAACAUCGACCCCAAUCCCUACCCUGGAGGUGAGAACAUCAGGAUCCGUCGUCAAGCCACCGAUGCGCCAAACGAAACUGUUACAGAACUUCCAGAUGCUGUCAAUCCGGUCGAAACUAACAAUAGCCUUGGGCCAAAAGUUAUAUCUGAACCAGUUCCCAGCAGCUCCAUCAAGCUCAUGGGUCUGAGAGUCGAAGAAUCAGAUAAAGAACCCAAAUUCGUUGAUAACUUAAUUAUCAGUGUGCUUCGGGACACGAACUUCCUUUUGAGACUCUUUGGUACUGGGUUCACGAAUGAUACCAUAAUAGCAUAUACGCACACAGCUGGCGAAUAUGGUGAAACUUGCGACCAUUUACUUACUGGAGAAUAUAGGGUUCACGUCGCGGAAGAUGACUCAGCACUAUUCCACCUGGUAGCUCCACCGCCUCUAGAAGACUACAGAUUCUUCAUCUGCGCCAAAAAUUCUGCCAAAGACCAUUUCAUACACCAAGGCUCCGAGAAAUGGAAGACUUUAGCCACACACAACAAACUCCUACCUCUUUGGGCUUCCUUGAUCCUCAUCGUGAUCCUCUUGAUGAUGGCAUCUUUGUUCUCUGGUCUCAACUUGGGUCUGAUGGCCCUGGACCGAACUGAACUGAAGAUUAUUGCAAAUACCGGAACAGAGAAGGAGAGGAAGUAUGCCAGAGCUAUCAUGCCAGUCCGUGCUCACGGAAACUAUCUCUUGUGUACAAUUUUGCUCAGUAACGUGGCAGUUAAUAGUACCUUCACGGUCAUCCUGGAUGACCUGACAUCAGGUCUAGUGGCUGUCAUAGGUUCCACGUUGGCUAUUGUGUUCAUUGCUGAGAUUACUCCUCAGGCCAUCUGUGCUAGACAUGGGUUGUUUAUUGGUGCGAAGAGUAUUUGGAUUAUGAAGAUUGUCAUGGGUAUCUGCGCUCCCCUCGCCUGGCCUACGAGCAAGUUGCUGGACUACUUCUUGGGUGAAGAGAUCGGCACACAUUACAAUAGGGAGAGGCUAAAGGAACUUGUUAGGAUAACAAAUCACGUCAACGACCUGGAUAAAGAAGAAGUGAACAUAAUCUCCGGAGCCCUGGACCUUCGCAAAAAGAAGGUCCUAGAUGUGAUGACCAAGUUGAAGGACUGCUUCAUGCUCCCCAUUACUUCAGUGUUGGACUUCGAAACCAUGUCGGAGAUCGUCAAGUCUGGUUAUUCAAGAAUCCCAGUAUACGAAGGCAACCGUACCAACAUAAUCACGGUACUGUUCAUCAAGGAUCUGGCGUUCGUAGACCCUGACGACAACACACCACUUCGCACCCUCUGCCAAUAUUAUCAGAACCCUUGCAACUUCGUCUUCGAAGAUGUCACCCUGGAUGUUAUGUUGAAGCAGUUUAAGGAAGGUCACAAGGGGCACAUGGCGUUCGUCCAGCGCAUCGAGGAGGGUGAAGGUGACCCGGUGUAUGAAACUAUUGGUCUGGUCACACUGGAGGACGUCAUCGAGGAGAUGAUCCAGGCCGAGAUUGUCGAUGAGAGUGACGUUUUCAGCGACAACCGCACAAAGAAACGCUUGUUGCGUCCAGUCAACAAGUUCCAAGACCUGGCAGCGUUCGCUGGUCAUCACGAGCAUCAGCGAGUCCACGUGUCUCCGCAGUUGACUCUCGCCACCUUCCAGUUCCUCAACACCAGUGUUGAUCCGUUCCGCUCCGACUUGAUCUCGGAGACUGUGCUCCGUCGUCUGCUCAAACAGGAUGUCAUACAACACAUCAAGCUGCGUGGAGACGAGGAGAAGAACGACCCUAAGAGAUACGUCUUCCAAGAAGGAAAACCGGUGGAUUACUUCGUGCUGAUACUGGAAGGUCGCGUGGAGGUGACGGUGGGCCGGGAGAACCUCGUAUUCGAAGCUGGACCCUUCACCUACUUCGGAGUCCAGGCCCUCACGCAGAAUGUCGGCCUCGCCGAAGCCCCAGCACCAUCAUCGCUGGGCUCCCUGCAGAAUCUGAAUAUGGACUCUAUGCUACGCCACACCUUUGUUCCUGACUAUUCAGUACGGGCCAUCGCCGAACUCUACUACUUGACUAUUAAGAGGUCAAUGUACUUAGCAGCCAAACGCGCCACCCUCAUGGAGAAGGGGGUGCUGAACAGGGGCGGAACUAACGAACAAAUCGAACCAGAAGUAGACAAGCUUCUUCGCGAAGGUGACAACCCUAGGAUUGAGGAGAUCAGGGAAGAGGUACCAGCGGAAGCUGGUAAACCGUACGUCCCGACGUCUGCCAGUCCUCACACGAACGCCACCUUCAAGUCCGGCGACAAGGACGACUCGUACAACUCAGAAGAAGAGAAAUUACUGAAGAAGUAA